UUCAUCAACUCAUCCACAAAGCGGGCAUCGCACUUCAUAGUACAUCUCAUCAGAUUUCCAGCUGAAACCAAGAUCAACAAUCAACCAUGAUCAGUGCCAGGAGACUUGCUCAACUGGCCAAGAAGUGGCAGAGGAUGGCGGCACUUGAAAGGAAGAGGCUCACAAUGAAAGCCAAAGAAAAUGAAGAGUGCUGCACAUCUGUAGCAGGCAAGGGCCACUGUGUCAUGUACACAGCGGACGGGAGCCGAUUCGAGGUCCCGUUGGCGUACCUCGGCACUGCAGUCUUCAGUGAGCUCCUCAGGAUGUCACAGGAGGAGUUUGGUUUCACGAGCGAUGGCAGGAUCAUGUUGCCUUGUGAUGCUGUGGUAAUGGAGUAUGCCAUGUGCUUGCUCAAGAGAAAUGCUUCAGCUGAGGUGGAGAAAGCAUUGCUGAGCUCCAUGGUGGCACCUUGCCACUACACCGGUUGUAUGGUGCCAACCGUUGGAGUCAACCAGCAUAUUUCUUGCUUGUAGUUUCCUGAAGAAGAGCCAAGUCUUCUCCUGUAGUUCUAUUAUAUCUGUAUUAUACCUGGAUCAGUUUAGAACAGUUAGAUGUAGGUAAUAGAAAGAGGAAAAUUGCCAUGUAAGCCUUUCAAUAUUGCAAGCAAUCAAAGAAAACGUCCA